AUGUUCACCAAUAGGGAAAACAAGAAAAAGCCGAAUCAGAACCUCAUCAAUAACUUCCAAGAGACCUUUUCCGACGUUGUGCGACCGAAUUCCGACGCCACUGGUCCGGCUGCACCAUCGGUUCGCGUUAAUCCCACCCUAGACGACGCCUCCCUUCCUCCUACAUGUAUUCGGAAACAAAAUAAUCAUGACGAUACAUUGAAUAUAACGAACCCCGUCUCUCAUUUUUCAGCGGGCGACUUGCUCACCCCAUCCAGCAAGAUGAACGCAAUGUUCGACGAGACGCUAUUUGACCAAUUCACCAACAACUCGCCGGGCACAGUAGCCCACGACACCUACGACGCAUUAGGAGGACAAUAUUAUUACGGCCUAAAUCAAAAUCCGGAUCAAUAUCUCAACAAUGUAUCUUUUUCCACUGAAGGCUUUGGGUUGCCUCGACAAGAAGGUUCAAACACUAUUUCGUUGAAAGAUGUGAGUAAGCAAGGCGACCACAGUCCAAAUACGGCCAGCAAGAUGCCGCAGUCGACCGAGGCCUUUGAGGCUAGCAAUGAGCAGUUGCGGUAUAAUGUGACGCUGCAUGCACCAACGGCCAUGAUCAAGGAUCAAAACGAAGCUCCGAUGACAUAUCUCAACAAAGGUCAGACCUACAUACUUUCCAUUGCGGAUUCAGUCCCACCGCCGGCGGGUAGCCGGCCUGCCAGGUACCGCACAUCGGUUCGUGUCGUCUUCGAUGAAGCGGCACAGGCAAUCGAUCCCUCGGCUUGCUGGCAACUUUGGAAGGAGGUACGGGGAUCGAAGGACGCCCAGGAAAGGGGUGGCGAUGCACAGGCAGUUGACUGCCUCGACCCGGCAGAAGGGGCAGCGGGUAAACCUCGGAACCAAAUACAGUUGGAAAGAAUUUCGGUUGAUGGAUUCUGUUGCACGUGGACGGCAGACAUCCAAACAGGUGCGCGAGAAUGCAGCAUUGGCGUCCGGUUCAAUUUCCUGUCGACCGACUUCACGCAUUCCAAGGGUGUUAAAGGUUACCCAGUCCGACUAUGCGUCAAAACCGAGAUGAUCGCGCCGGAUGAAGAAGACGCAGGCGUCGACAAUGCUCCUGAAAUGUGUUCUUGUAAGAUCAAGUUAUUCCGGGACCACGGAGCGGAACGAAAGCUCCACAGCGAUAUUUCCCAAACGCAGAAGUCCAUCAGAAAACUUCAGAGGGAGACCGCGAUGUCUCAGACUGGAGAGGAUGAUCAACUCGGAAAGCGCAAACGGGGUAACCUUUCAAGCGUUGCUAAAAGCGCUGCAAGGACGGAUGAGGAACAGCGACAGGCACAGAUCUACCGUGAUGCGGAGAUGCACAUGCUCGGCGACUCGCUCACUUCCAACCUGCCAAUGACUGGCCUCACCCAGCGAUGUGAGCCGAAGGACGAUCCGGAUCAAUAUCCAAUUCGAUUCCCCGGGGCUUCACAGAGCCCUCCCAAAUCAGGCGAUAGCCUCGAAAAAUCAGACGAUAGUCCCGAUAGUACGGGUAGCACGGGGCCAUAUUCUAAUGUGACGUCGACAAGUUCCAAUUCACCUUCCACCGUCAUCACCGAGCCAUCGAGAGUAUCAUCGUCCGGUGCUGCUGUGGAACAGGAAUCCCCACAACCGGUGUUCAAAAUACCACCACUCCCUGAAAAAUUGUCCAAACGUCCUGAAUUACCCUGUACAGGAUCAGCGGUUUGCUUCUAUGUUCGGUUCCAUCACGACUGGAAGAGACAGGACCAAUAUCAUCGAGCUUUGUAUUUGAAGGAACGCACGGUUCAUGAUUUGACGAUGCAAAUCUGCCGGAAGCAGAACAUGGACCCGGACUCUGUAGCCCGUGUGCUUCAUGUCAACCCGGGCGGUUUGAAAGUCAUCAUCGAUGACGAUGUAGUCCAACAGCUUCCCGAUGGUCAAGACAUGAUGGCCGAGAUCACGCGAGCUUCGAGGCCAACUGCGCCGGGCAAGGACACUGAAGUGGAGAUCAUAUUGAGUUUUUGA